AUGACCUUAGUAUCCUCCGCUAAAAGAAAACCGUCGAAUUGCUUUUACGCAGCAGCUUUCUGCUUGCAUUUGUUUUUGAUUCACAUUCUGCGUGGCGUGUCCGGAGACGAAGCCCAUCUGUUCAGCGUGGAGGAAUGGCUGCACAAAUAUGGCUACCUGCCUCACACCGACCCCAGGAUGUCGGUGCUGCGCUCCACGCAGACCAUGAACUCAGCCAUCGCCGCCAUGCAGCGCAUCUACGGUUUGAACAUCACCGGGACCCUGGAUGAACACACCAAGGAUUGGAUGCAGAGGCCGCGCUGUGGCGUUCCCGACACGAUGAAGAACGCCUCGCGCUCCCGGAAGCGGCGCUACGCACUGACGGGCCAGAAGUGGCAGCGCACACACAUCACCUACAGCAUCAAGAACGUGACGCCCAAGGUGGGCGCCAGGGAGACCCACGACGCCAUCCGCCGGGCCUUCGACGUGUGGCAGGGCGUGACGCCGCUGCGCUUCGAGGCCGUGCCCUACAGCGCCCUGGAGAGCGGCCGGCGCGACGUGGACAUCACCAUCAUCUUCGCCUCGGGUUUCCACGGCGACAGCUCGCCCUUCGACGGCGAAGGCGGCUUCCUGGCCCACGCCUACUUCCCCGGCCCCGGGAUCGGAGGAGACACGCACUUCGACUCGGAUGAACCCUGGACCCUCGGCAACCCCAACCAUGAUGGUAACGACCUGUUCCUGGUGGCGGUCCAUGAGUUGGGCCAUGCUCUGGGCCUGGAACACUCCAACGACCCCACAGCCAUCAUGGCUCCGUUCUACCAGUACAUGGACACAGAGAACUUCAAGCUACCUCACGACGACCUGCAGGGAAUACAGAAGAUUUACGGUCCGCCCGACCGCUCCCCUCAGCCCACCAGACCCCCGCCGACCGCCUCCCCGCCCCGCCUGCACCACCCGCCCUCCGACCCCCGGAAGCACGAGCGGCAGGUGCGGCCCCACCGCCCCCCCCAGGGGAACAAGCCCACCAACCCCAACGCCAAGCCCAACAUCUGCGACGGGGGCUUCAACACCCUAGCCAUCCUCCGCCAGGAGCUGUUUGUGUUCAAGGACCAGUGGUUCUGGCGUGUACGGGACAACUCGGUGGUCCCGGGCUACCCGAUGCAGAUCAAUUACUUCUGGCGAGGCCUGCCUUCCAAGAUAGACGCCGUCUACGAGAACAGUGAGGGGAAGUUUGUCUUCUUCAAAGGCAACCGUUUCUGGGUGUUCAAGGACACCACCCUGCAACCCACCUACCCUCAGGACAUCUCUCUGUUCGGCAGCGGCAUGCCCACGCAGAGCAUCGAGACGGCCGUGUGGUGGGAGGACGUGGCCAAGACCUACUUCUUCAAAGGGGACAGAUACUGGAGGUACAACGAAGACAUGCGCACCAUGGACCCCGGCUACCCCAAACCCAUCGGCGUGUGGAAGGGCAUCCCGGACUCGCCCCAGGGCGCCUUCGUGGACAAGGCCAAUGGCUUCACCUACUUCUACAAGGGCAAGGAGUACUGGAAGUUCAACAACCAGAUGCUGCGCGUGGAGCCCAGCUACCCGCGCUCCAUCCUGCGGGACUUCAUGGGCUGCGACGGCCUGCCCGCCGACCACGACUGGGACUGGAGCCCCCCGAGUGACGUUGACAUCGUCCCCAAGCUGGACCCGGCGUCGGGCGGCACGGAGAAGGCCGUGGCCAUCGCCAUCCCGUGCGUGCUGGCGCUGUGCAUGAUGGUGCUGCUCUACACCGUCUUCCAGUUCAGGAGGAAGAGCACGCAGCGCCACAUACUGUACUGCAAGCGCUCCAUGCAAGAGUGGGUGUGA